AUGUCAAUCGAAAAUCUCAAGACCUACGACCCCUUCGCCGAAGCCGACGAGGACACUGGUGAAAAAACCAAGGCCGCCGACUACAUUCACAUACGCAUCCAACAGCGUAAUGGACGUAAGACCUUGACCACUGUUCAAGGCAUUCCGCCCAAGUUUUCCCGCAAGAAGAUCCUUGCCGUCGUCAAGAAGAAGUUUGGUAAGUUUUGCCCUCCGCCUUCCCCCAGACCCUGCAAUGGCACCAUCGUCACUGACGCCGAGAUGGGCGAGGUGAUUCAGCUCCAGGGUGACCAGCGUAAGGCAAUGCAGGAAUUCCUCACUGCCAAGGACGGUCUUGAGCUUGAUCCCAACACCAUCAAGAUCCACGGUUUCUAA